AUGCAAACAUUUGAUGAUCUGUAUGAUGCAACCGACGAGGAGUCGGAGAUGAGUGAUGAGUGCACUUCGAUUUCAAGCACUCGCCCAACAAGUCUGGUGACCCCUACCACGAGGAAUUCGAUUUCGCCGACGAGUCGUAAUCGCUACCCCAGUCUUACGAUUCCCUCGUCGACAAUGUGGCCAUCUCUUCAGGCUUUGUCAUUUCUUGGCCAUUCCGUGCCGGCCGUGCAUGCUCCUCCGUCGCUCGAUGGCAGUGUCUCAUCGGACCAAGUCUCCAACAUUAGUGCUCCAGCUACUCCAGACGUCCAGUCACUUCCUGAUAACGACUGGAAUCCGCAUGAAAUCCUCGUACGACCAGACCUCGAAGAUGAAGAAGAUGCAGACCUUCAAAACCCAGAGACAAGCUCAGAUCUACAAAGUAUUGAAGUCGCAAUAGAGAAUACCGAAGAGGAUUGGCGACAGUUUCUCGGAAACUUCCCUCGAAUUCCUGGCCAAGCGAGAUCGCCACCCGUUGCUGACCCUGUGCGCGAAGACACUCCCUCUGACACAGGCGUGUUUCUUCCUGAAGAUGCGUUGGCAAUGUUGAGACACAUUCCGCUGGAUGUGACCCCGGACCCUUGGUCAGAGACUUCCGAAAGCAAUGAAGAGAUGUGGCAGAUCGAAACACCAGAGCGACCACGCAGUGCUGACGAUGCGACCCCCGCAUCGGACCUCUCUGGAUAUAGCUUCAGUAGACUCAGUAUACCCUCCCCUGGUGGCUUCUUUGCCUCCCUUGGUCCAAGAGCUCGUCACACUUGGUCGAUUCCCAAGUUAAACAAUAUUCCUUCAUCUGCUAUAGCUGAGAGGUUCUACGAUCUACCAUUCACCCGGACCGAAGGAGAAAUCGUUGAGCAGAUCAUUGAAUGCCCUGAAAGGUCAAUUGAUGAGCAGCUAACAGCGGUUUACGAUCCAAGUGGACCCCCGACUGCGAUCAGGGUCCCUUCUGAAGACCCAGCGUCACAUUUAGAACAUGCGGAAAGCCCAGUUAGCGACGACAUCGAUGGUGUGCAUGAGAUUACAAGACCAGGCAUGUAUAAUCCGGAGGAGCAAGAUGAGAACUAUGAAGAUGAGUUGCAAAAGAAGGCAAUGGCAAGCCUAGACCGAACAAGCGUUUGGCUCGCAGCGCAGGCUUCGUAUCUUGCUGCUCUGUGUGAAACGAAUCCCGCCAAUACCCCGGUAAGCGAAAGAGAAGACUGUAUCGCAAUCGCGGAGAGUGUUACACAAGCCGUAGCACAGGUCGUGUCCCAAAAGUCCGUCCGAUUUGAUGAGACAGUUCCAGAAGCUCCCAGCUCCCGGCCUUCUGCACUGGCAAGCAAGGACUCGAUCUAUUGGAGGGGGUUCCAGUCUAUUCGGCGACUGGCUAGAAACACAGACACUUUCAUGCACCGAACCAUGCGCUUCGACGCUGUGCAAUCUAUUCGGCUGGGUCUGCCCAAUACGCAUACAAAUUGUUUGUUGGGCAAUUACGAAUUAGUUCGUCCCGGGCGACCACCUUACAGAGGUCCAUUCUCUCAAGCACCCCGCGACUCAGUCGUGGGUUCCAUCUUGGAGGAAAAGGCGCAGUUUUCCAUGCUGGAGAAGGAGCAGUUAGUGCUUACCCAGAUUAGCGAGCCUAUGUGGGCCAUGGACGCUCUUCGGUACCUCAAUGGUGGUCAUCUGAUUGCUAGUCCUGCUUUUAGACGACUCGCUAAGUCGAAGUCAGUCUCAACAAACCCCCAAAGAUCUAGUUCACGUCGCAUUAGGGUUCUGGAUCUCGGGGGUCAUGCUUCGUGUGAGUGGGCAUGGCAGAUUGCACAUGACUACCCUAACGUCAAGGUUUACACCGUCUUCACCGAGCACCAGGCAUUUAACCGUGGCAUAAAAGGGCCCGCGAAUCACCGCCAAAUUUCCGUGCAAAAUCUGUGGCAACUACCAUUCUCUAACAAUAAGUUUGACGUGAUCUCUACCCGUUCUCUGCCAGCCUUAUUGAAGAGCGAACGUAGCCCCGGUGAUCAGCAAGACGAGUAUGGACUUUGCCUUGAAGAAUGCCGUCGCUGCCUCAAGCCAGGGGGAUACCUAGAAUUCUUCGUGAUGGAUGCACAGAUAUCGCGCGGAGGGCCUUACGCAUCCGCCAGGUCUGUUGAGUUCGCAUACAACCUCAAGACGCGAGGCUACGACCCAACCCCUACGAAGAGCUUCCUCGGGCGUCUGCAGAAAGGUGGUUUUGUAGGGGUCAAGCGAGCUUGGAUGUUCUUGCCAAUGGGAAACGAGCCGGCAGUCUCCCCUGUUCCCAGGGAGACACCUGAGCCUAGAGUCAAGAGCCACCUCAGCGAGUGUGAAGCGGUUCAGGGCCCGGUCGGUAGCACAGCUGACGCUGCGAGUGUCACUGGUUUGUUUGGUGGAUGGAUUUGGGAACAAUGGCUUCUCAAGUUGCAAAUCGAGAUGGGUCGAGAGCAGGGGAGGUUGCUAGAAGGAAUUGGAAGCGUUUUCGAUGAGGGUCGCAAGAACGGAGCUGGUUGGACAUGCUUGUCCGGUUGGGCGAUGAAACCGAGACAGAGAAAGCAACAUGGGCCCCAAAAGAACCAUGAUAGGUAA